AUGAGCCACCGGGACCUCCCGAACCGGCUCUCUGCCGACCAGCUGGACCUGCACCGCAGGAGGAGCGCCGCCGCCGAGUUCUACCGGGUCCACAGAGUCCCGGAGCUGCUGGAGACCGUCCUGGACCAGAUGUUCCAGCUGCAGCCCGCAGACCUGCACGGAUACCUGGCGGAGCACUUCCUGCAGCUGUCCUCGCCCCCGAGGAUCAGCCGUCUGAGGGGGACGGAGGUCUUCGACGCCGCGGGACGGCUGUCCGUCCAGGCACACGUCUCCUGCAUCGUCUGCAACAACGAGAAGAGGAUGUCCUCAGCGGCUGUGUCCAGCUGUGUGGCCGGUCAGGAGACGUCGGGGGACAGGAGGAGGGUUGACCAUGUGAGGACCGCCGUCCAGUGGAUCAACGGGCCGCUCAGCGACUUGCUGCGGGGACAAAACCCCUGCGACCAAUCAGACGUGGACCGCAAGCUCAGGGCUUUCUUCAGGGCUGGACUGGAGGAGCAGGAGGAGCUCCGGAACCUGAAGCGUCCGGACAGCGGCUCCCCCGAACAGCCCGACACGCUGCCUCCGUCCCCGCCGUCCACACUCAGGACAAGCAAGAGGAGUGCAGAUCGAGGGAAAAAGAUCAACCCCUCCGAGAAGCCGGUUCCCCCGGCAGAGCCAGCAGAACCCGAGCUGUGUGGCAGCACCGCCAUUGGGUCGGUGUCCCUGGCUGUCCUGAAAACCGGAGCCACCGUGAAGAGCAUUCCACUUUACCGGCACAUCGCGGCUCUGAAGAACUCUGACCCUCCAGCCCGGUUCCAGGUUCCCGUCUGCCUGGUUCCGCUGCUCCGCUGUGGGAAGACGUCUCCUGGGAAGCUGAGUCUGCUGAAGGAGGUCCUGCUGAUCCCGACCGGGGGCCAGCGAGUCAGGGAGAUCAUCACAAUGACCCUUGAGUUACAGAAGGAGGUGAUGAGAAUAAUGAACACUUCAACAAAAGCCGGGGCCGCCCAGGUCGUCGUGCGUGAGGCCGGGGCGCCGGCGGCGAGCCUGGAGCGUCCCGAGCAGCCUCUGGAUGUGAUCGCUGAAGCCUGCUCUGGCCUCGGCCUGGCUCCGGGAACACACUUCCGCCUGGCGCUGAACUGCGCCGCCCCGGAGCUCAUGGACUAUGCCAAAGGGAAGUACGAAGUCUGCACGGGAGUGCUGAAGACCCCCGAGGAGCUGGUGGACCUGUACCAGAGCUUACUCAGCAGAUACCCGGCGGUGGCGUCGCUCAUCGACCCGUUCAGAAGAGAGGACUCGGACCAGUGGGAGAAGCUGAACAGCACCAUGGGAAACAGCUGUUCUCUGAUCGCUGACAUGACCUACAAGCUCCAGGCUCCGCCUCCUCCAGGAGCCCGAGGCUUCGUCCUCAAACACUGCAACCAGACCACGGUCAGCGACUUGAUCCAGAUCACCACCGAGCAGCCCGGCUCAGUGUUGAUGGGAAUCACGUGCGACGAGCCCUGUAGCGACGCCUCCUGGUCAGACAUGGUUGUGGGUCUGGGUCUGGACUAUGUCUCACUGGGAGGUCUGAGCGGAGCUGAGAGGAUCUGCAAAUACAACCGGCUCAUGGCCAUAGAAGAAGAACUGGCAGAGCAGGGCAUCCUGGUUUCCAGGCAGGGGCUCCGUCCUCCACUGUUCCCCGAAAAUCCCGAGGAGCAGCUGGUCUCUGCAGAACCCAGCGUCUGUGACGGAGAGCAGAACGCAGCCGGCGCCGUGUGA